UUUUAUAAGCGUGUCUGUAAGUUGCAGCAAAUCGUUUUAUCUGUCGAAUCGAACUGAAAAAUCAAAUUGUCGAUUUUGGCAAGUAAUUUCGAAGAGUGAUGCCGUUUAAAAUAGUCCAGACGGUAGAAAACGGAGAGCUAUGCCUCUCAAUAGUGCCAUCGAGGUGGGAGGACAUGGGCAUUCUUCGCUGGCCCAAGAAAUCGGCUGUCGGCAGAUUAUGCCUAAUCGAAGAUUCUCUCCCUAGUGAAAGCUGGGAAAAAAUGGCGUGUAUACCAAAACGGGAAUUUCGAACAUACGCCGAAGCGAACUUGGAGCUGGAACGCAUGGAGGCGGCACCGGACACAGAAAUAGAAGAAAACGUUGAGCCGGCAGUUCAAAAAGUUGCCCGGAAAACGGCAACCAAAAAUCCAUUGGGCGUUAAGAAGGAUUUUAACUUAUUCCUGCCAAAUUCGCAACUUGCGAAGAAUGAAUGUGCCCUAGAGGAAGAACAUAUCGACAGCAAUGAUAUGGCUACUCACGAUGAAAAUGAUAUGAUCGAAUAUAUGGAGGAAGAAGGCUAUGGCUAUGAUGAGCUCGCUAACCAACAACACGUUCAAGAACUCGUUCAAGAAUACAGUGUGGUUGAAGAGCAUCCGUGUGCAGAAUCUAUUCCGAACACUGCGGAAAGUUGUGGCAACAUCAUACCGGAUGCAACGCUGGCGGCCAUUGUUGCUAAUCAAACUUUAUUGCAUAAAAAUCAACUAAAAAUAAUGACGAGUCUGGCACAGAUAAUUACAUCUUUCGACAUUCUAAAUAAGAAGGUGUUUGUUAUUGAGAAGAAUGUGAAAGCUGAAACUAAGCCGGCCGAAAAUGUGUUCAGGCCUGUAACAACUGUUAAUGAUUUGGUGCGUCUGGAAGAAGAAUUAAAAAGUGAUACUAAGAUGCAGCAGUACGUGCGGCAGCUUAGCAGCGUCUGUGGGACGUCCGGAAAAUCAGACGGGGUUACCAGUGCGUACAAGUUGAUCGACUAUAUGGCAACGCGAGAAUUCAUGAAUAUGUGCUCCUGGACAGGACUAACUCGGGACAACACAGAGCCCCCCGCCGGAGAAGCACAAGGUGCAGUUGAGGUCAAUUUGGGGAAAAUUCCUCUCAAAUUUUACUCGAAGUUCCGCGAACUUUUCUUCAAAGUUAUCCAACUAGCGGACAAAGAUUUUGCUGAAUCAACCAGUGACAAAUUCUUUAAAGGAAUAAUGAAAAACAGCAAGCAACGUUUAACAUCGAAGGUCACAUCUACGCAUAAAAAUCGACCAAAGAAAUUGCAAUACGGACCCAACAAAAACAACGAGAACACCCCAAUCGAAUGAAAGCGUCUUUGUUGAGUUGUUUAUCUAUAUUUUCUUCCUGGUUGUUGAUUACAUUUUUAAGAACAUGAAUAAAACGUUGUAGUUAAGCAUUUAUUGAUGUUAUUUAUUUUCAAGCUAGUGCUGAAAUGGCCUAGGCAGUACUUGUUGUCUCCAUAUAGAUAAGGGGCAUUUCACAAAUUACGUAACGCUUUAGGGGGAGGGAGGGGGUCACGUUGAGCGUUACGAUCAACACAAAAAAAUAAACCUUCCAUACAAAAAGUAUUACGUGGGGGAGGGUCAUCUAAUUUUACGUUACGUAAUUUGUGAAAGAACCCUUAAUCGUCGUCUACCACGCAAUACGAAACUAGCCUUCCAUCUGAUUGAUCCUUUAGAAUUUUUAAAUUCAUCGUAGAGCUCAAGUAUUUCACAAUUCAAGACAAAAUUUUCA